GUUAGAGGAUGACAUGUGCAGGUGCUGGUACUUUACCAGAAAAUAAAUGUCAAGUUCUAAUUUGGUCAUGGUCAGAUGAUUUUUGACAGUUAUCUUUACACACUCAUAUGUACACAAUGUUAUCAAUCUUUUUCUCUUUAUUAGGGAAAAGGUGCACAAGCCAGAUGUACACCAUGCAUUAAUAUGGAAACUGUCCUUAUGAACAUGAAACUGCCAAAAGAUAUCAGGAAGGAAAUAGAAGAGAAAAGGAGACUACAUCUGAAUCUUCAGUCUAUUUGUCGUUCAAAGUACUACAAACACAUAAAGAAGGCAUGUGAAUCCCCUGACAAAUAUGUGAGCCUGAUUAUUGACAAUAUGGAUCAAGCAAAAACAAGACUGCCAACAUUUUCUUCAAAUUCAAAGGUUGAGGCACAUUUGCACAAAGUUCAACACCAUGUUACAGGUGUGAAGGCACAUCAUCUUGGAAAAACAUUUAUUUUAACAUGGACAGAUCAGUUCCACCCAGAUUGCAAUAUAACAAUCAAUGCCUUGAUCUACACACUUCAUGAAAUUAGUCUGAUAAAUGGAGGAAUGCUACCACCAACUCUAUAUAUUCAAGCUGACAAUUCUGCAAAGGAUAACAAAAACGCAUUCUUUUUGACAUUUCUAGCAUGGUUGGUGAAGACAGGGAUAUUUAAAAAGGUGAAGCUAUCAUUUCUAAUGGUGGGGCAUACUCAUGAGGACAUCGAUCAAGUGUUUUCAAGAAUAAGUUGCCACAUGAAACAUGUAGAUGCCCCAACAUUACCGGCUCUCCUACAUGCAAUUGGUGAUUCAACAACACCUUCACCACAAGUUGUAAAUCUGGAAGGCAUAUACAACUACAAGGCAACUUUAGAAAAUGUUAGAGGAAUGAUUGAAGGAAUAUCAGGGCCUCAUCAGUUCAUGAUAAAGAAGAAAGAGGGGAAGGUAAUUCUUCACUAUAAGGACUGGCCUAUAGACAAAGCUACAGACCUUAGAUAUUAUCUGAGAGAAUUCCGCAAUGACCUUGUUUCUGAUAAAAGCACAGGAUUUUCUACACUUAUGAACCUUCCUAGAAAUCGAGAAAGUGGAGCGAGUGUCAAAUAG